GGCGGGGCCAGAGCGGCUCUAUCGCUUUCCUCUCCUAUUUCCGGUUCCGGCCGGAAGUCGAGGGGGAGCGGAGCGGCUUCCGGCGGGUCUCGCGCGGGCAGAAGCGAUGGCGGCGCUGCUCGGGGGGGCGCGGGGCGCGCUGGCCGCCGUGGGGCGGCGCUGGGCGGCGGCGCGAGCGCUGUCGGCCGAGGCCAAAGCGAAGGCGUCGUUCGUCCGCGACAAACCGCACGUCAACGUGGGAACCAUCGGACACGUCGACCACGGCAAAACCACCCUCACGGCCGCCAUCACCAAGAUCCUGGCGGAGUCGGGCUCGGCGCGGUUCCGCCCUUACGAGGACAUCGAUUCGGCGCCGGAGGAGCGAGCGCGCGGCAUCACCAUCAACGCGGCUCACGUCGAGUACGAGACGCCGGCGCGGCACUACGCCCACACCGACUGCCCCGGCCACGCCGACUACGUCAAGAACAUGAUCACGGGCACCGCCCCCCUGGACGGCGCCAUCUUGGUGGUGGCGGCCACCGACGGUCAAAUGCCCCAAACGAGAGAGCACCUCCUGCUGGCGAAGCAGGUGGGGGUGGAGCACGUGGUGGUUUACGUGAACAAAGCGGACGCGGUGGCGGACGCGGAGCUGCUCGACCUCGUGGAGUUGGAGGCGCGGGAGCUGCUGCGCGAGUUCGGCUUCGACGGCGACAACACCCCCGUGAUCCGCGGCUCCGCCCUCUGCGCCCUCCAGGGCCGCGACCCCGCGCUGGGGCUGCAGUCGGUGUUGCAGCUCCUCGACGCCAUCGACCGCCACAUCCCGGUGCCCGCGCGGGACCUGCAGCGCCCCUUCCUGCUGCCCAUCGAGGCCGUGCACUCCAUCCCGGGCCGCGGGACGGUGGUGACGGGGACGUUGGAGCGCGGAACUCUGCGCAAAGGCGACGAAGUGGAGAUCCUCAACUACAACCGAAACCUCCGCAGCGUCGUCACCGGCAUCGAGAUGUUCCACAAGAGCCUGGAGCGCGCCGAGGCGGGGGACGCGCUGGGGGCGCUGCUGCGGGGGCUGCGGCGCGAGGAGCUGCGCCGGGGGUUGGUGAUGGGGCAGCCCGGCAGCCUCCGGGCCUACAGCCGCCUCCAGGCGCAGGUGUACAUUCUGACCCCCGGCGAGGGCGGCCGCCAUCGGCCCUUUGUGUCGAACUUCAGCCCCGUUCUGUUCUCCCAAAGUUGGGACAUCGCCUGUCGGAUCCUCCUGCCCCACGGCAAGGACCUGGUGAUGCCGGGGGAGGACGCGGCGCUGACGCUGCUGCUGCGGCAGCCGAUGGUGGUGGAGCCGGGACAGCGCUUCACUCUGCGCGACGGUUCGCGCACCAUCGGCACCGGCGUCGUCACCCGCGGCCUCAGCGCCGAACCCGGCGACCAGGACGUCAACUGGGGCUGAGGCCGCGAUGGCGGCGAUGGCG